AUGGUCCUCCACUGCGACAUCAAGGCGAGCAACGUGAUGCUGGACUCAAGCCUCCGCGCCCGCCUCGGCGACUUUGGACUUGCCUGCACCGUCGACGUCGACAGGAACUCCGCCACUGGCGUCGGUGGCACCCGGGGAUACAUCGCGCCGGAGUACGCUAUGUUGGGCAAGGCGACGCGGCAGACCGACAUCUACGCGCUCGGGGUGCUCAUCCUGGAGGUCGUCACGGGCCAGCGGGUGCUGAUUCAUCGGGCGGCGGAUGACGACGACGUCCAUAUCACCGACCGGGUGUGGCGUCUAUACCGCGAGGGGAGGCUACUGGAGUGCGUCGAUGCAGUGCUGGUCGCUAGUUCUUCUCCGGACGAGGACAGCCUGCACGCUGGCGGUGACGCCGAACGCCUGCUGCUCCUGGGCCUGGCGUGCAGCAGCCCAAACCCGUCGGACCGGCCGACCAUGCCCGAGGUGGUGCAGGUCAUCGCCAAGUCGGCGCCGCCGCCCGAGGUGCCUCUGAUGAAACCAAGGUUCGUGUGGCCGCCGCCGGAAGGGGUGGCCUGGGACAGUGAUGAUGGCGUGGGCACGUCGAUGACAUGUAAUCUCGAGGAGAGUAUGGCGAGCACGGCCGAGCGUCAGUCGCAGUGGCUGACGGCGGCAUCGCAGAGGCGGGCUACCGGAGGACAUGCCUCGUUUCAAGUGGAGCCAUCCGUUUAUGUCACUAUGCCCAGUGCUCUCGGCUCCGGCGAGAGGCCGAGCAGAGCAUAG